GCAAUUCCGAUUUGUUAAAAUCCUCUCCGCCGCUUAAACCCUUACUCGAUCCGCCACCAUAUAUGGCUAUUUGAAAUCAAUUAGCAAAAGAAUUCCCCUUCUCGACCAACAUUUCCAGCUUAGCCCCAAAAAUGUCGUUCCACUCCGUCGUCAUACAGAAGCUCCUCAACGCCAACGCCCACAUCGGCCGCCGCGUCACCUCCAACCACUUCAAAAUCUUCUCCGAGGGCACCCGCAACGGCGUCAGCAUCGUCGACUCCGACAAGACCCUAAUCUGCCUCCGCAACGCCUGCGAUUUCAUCGGCCACCUCUCUCGCAACAAUGCGCGCCUCCUCUUCGUCAACACCAAUUCCCUCUUCGACGAGAUCAUCGCGCAGAUGACCAAGACAAUUGGAAUCAAGCACGACACCACCUGGCGCCUCGGAGGCUUUUUGACCAACAAUUCCAGCCCUAGGCGGUUCCGAGGCCGGAAUAAGAAAUUCAACAUCUGCGCGCCGGAGGCGCCCGAUUGUAUCGUGAUUUUCGACACCGAGAGUAAGAGCUCGGUCAUCAAGGAGGCGAACCGGCUGCAGAUUCCGGUGGUCGGAUUGGUCGAUUCGAGCAUGCCUUGGGAGACGUAUAGCAAGAUAACGUACCCUGUGCCUGCUAAUGAUUCGGUGGAGUUUGUGUAUAUGUUCUGUAAUUUGAUCACGAAGACAAUUUUGAAAGAGCGGAAGGAGGCAAUGGCUGAGAGGGGUGAGGAGGCUGUAAUUGGCGGAGAUGAUGACCUGACUAAUCAAUCAACAGACAAGUUUGUGCUUCCUUAUGAAGAACUAUCUGCAAUUCCUGAAGAUGUCUCAGUGACUAAGGCGCUAUUGGACAAACUUGUCAUAGUGAGGUUCAAUGGCGAUCUAGGGACCACAAUAGGAUUUUCUGGCCCCAAGUCUACUAUGGAAAUUGUUGAUGGUUUGACUUGCCUUGAUUUGACAAUCAAUCAGAUUGAGGCUCUAAACGCAAAAUAUGGAACCAAUAUUCCACUAUAUGUGGUGAAUACAGUUGAUGCACAUAGGAAAGUAUUAGAGUUCCUGAAAAAGCACCCAAAUAAGAAUAUCCAUUCUAUAGAAGAGAGCAUCACUGACCUACAAGAGGCAAGCAAGUUUGCUCGCUCAGCUAAAGGCCAAGAUAGCAAGGAUGAAAUGAAUUCAUUCAAUAUUGCUCAGGCCAUCCUCCCGUUGGUAAAUAGUGGAAGAUUGGAUAUACUAUCAUCACAGGGUAAAGAGUAUAUACUGCUGUUGGGCUCAGAUAAUCUUGGUUGUGUUAUUGACCCCAAAAUCUUGAAUUAUCUUGGUCAGAAUGAUAUUGAGCUUUGCCUAGAGGUGACCCCUAAAUCAUCCUCUGUAAGGAAAGAGACCCAACAUUCACACGAUGAAGCCAAAACUCCGAUUCUGACGCCAAAGAAGGAUUGGAGAUUUACUGAUACAAUGUGGAUGAGCAUUCAAUCUAUGGAAAAACUUGUGGAUAAAGAUUGUCUAACCAUUUCCAAGAUUUUCGAUCAGCAUUCUGCAAUAAGUGUUCCCAAUGUAAGAUAUCUUCCAGUUGAAGCAACAUCAGACCUAUUUUUGCUACAGUCGGAUCUGUAUACCUUUAUUGAGGACAAGCUGACUCGAAAUACAACCCGAGAAAAUCCCACGGACCCAUCCAUCCAAUUGGGACCAGUAUUCAGAAAUAUCAAAAAUUUCAAAGAGCGGUUCAAGUCUAUUCCUAGUAUUGUAGGACUUGACAGCUUGAAGGUGACCGGUGAUGUUUGGUUUGGAACUGGCAUAACUCUCAAGGGGGAAGUCAAUAUCUAUGCUGGACCCGGUGUGAGGAUAGUUAUCCCUGACGGCGCUGUUCUGGAAAAUAAGACUAUAACUAGCCAAGAAGAGAUUGGAAAAGUAUCAUCAUAAGUUGAUCGACAAGAAAAUCGAGAUUGUUUUUGCUGGAGGUACACCGAGUUUCACCAGACUUGGGAACAUACAUUUUACUCUUACACAGUUAUCCCUGUUAGCAGGGGAAUGGAAACUAGCUCCAAUAAUUAGAGUUGAUUCACUCUUCCAGCCACCCAAAAACAAUUCUUAGAUAACAUAUUGCAUAUUCUCUGAUUUGUCUUUUGAAUUACAAAUUAAGGAUGUGAUUUAUUUCAA